AUGGUAGAGGUACUCUUAAUUGUAUUACCUUCUAUAUUAUGGCUACUUUAUAGAUUGUAUUUAAUUUUAAAAACUCCAGUUGAAAAAUUGCUCAAAGAUUUAAGUAUCGAAAUUCCACAUUCACCAAAUAUUUGUAUUGAUUCAAUUGCAGAAAAUUCAAUAGUUUUACAUUGGGAUAUUGAAAUCAAAUUUGAUGAAAAAUUAAAUUUUGUUGUAUUAAUUAAUGAUCAAGAAGCUGCAACUUUAACUUCAACAUCAUGUAAAUUGAAUAAUUUAAAAUCAAAAAGCUUGUAUAAAAUUGAAAUUAUUGCUAUCAAUUCAAUAACAAAUUUUAAAUCACAAUCUAAACCUGUAUAUGUACAGACUUAUAAUCAAACUAUUUUAGAAAAUGAAUUAAAUUUAGAUGACUUAGAAAAUGGAAAUGCUUUAACCAAGAAACAAGAAGAAUGUAAGAAGUUGAUGGACGAUUUAGAUUUAGAGUCAAUAACAUCAGAACAAAUAAACCAAAUUCAAGAUCCAAAUUUAUUAAAUGAUUAUUUGAUCGAAUUUCAAAACGAAUUAAUUAGAACUAAUACUGAAUUUAAAAAUUUUCAAUCUUGCGUAUCAACAGAGAAUAAUAAUUUGCAAAAAGAGUUGCAAUAUUAUAAAACUGAAUUAGAAGAAGAAACUGAUAAUAAGAACAAAAAAGACCAUGAUGUUAAAUCUUUAGAGAGAUCAAAGGAUAUAUUGGUUUUUCAAAAAUCAAAAUUGUCAAAUCAAUUAAAUUUGAUUAAAAACUCAUUAUCCAUAUUUAAUUCAAAAUUUAAAGAAAAUGAGAAUAAAAUCAAAAAAUUAACAGAAAGAAACAAGCAUGCAUUGGAUAACGAAGCAAAUGAAACAUUAAAAGUGAAAAAUGAAAUUUUAAAAGUCGAAAAUGACAUAGUGGUUACAAAACUGGAGAAUGAGAAAAUUGAAGAUAAUUUGAAAGCUAUUGCACUAGAAAGAAAAGAAGUUUUGGGGUUAUUAAACCAAAUUAAACCACUAAUAGAACAAUUUAAUCAGUUGACGUCAUCUACUGAUGAAAAAGUUACAUCACCAUCAUCAUCAACUACAUCAUUAACACCACCUCCAAUACCAAUUUUUAACAAAGACGGUUCAAUCUCAAAGACAUCAUUUGAUGCUUUGGUUAAAAUUUUUCAAAUUAUGCCAUCAUGGCAAGAUGAAAUUAUGAAUGAGAUUAACAAUUAUCAAGAAUUUGAACAACAAUGGAGAGAUGCAUUUAAAAAUGAAAUUAAAAAAUUUGUUACAAUUCAUCAGUCGAUUGAAAUGAUGAAAUUCCAAAAAGAUAUCAAUUACCAACCAAUCAAAUUAAACGAAUAUCAAGCAUCUAUUGAAUUUGGUGGAUUCGGAAAUGCUUUACCAAAGCCAAAAUUCGUUGGUAAAAGAAACUUUUCUCCAUCAACAAUAAUAGAUGAAAAACAAAAUUUUUAUAAUCAUUAUAGUCAAGUUUAUUCAAAUGAAAAUAAUGAAAGUCGUGAAGGUUCACCACAAUCUCAAUUAUUACCACCAAUAUCAAAUAAUGAUUUAUUAACUCAAUCACAACAGAUUCCUUUAGCAAAUCAAUAUUCACAACCACAACAUCAUCCAUAUAUUAGUUUAGAACAAAUUAAUGCUGCCACUACACAAGCAGCAGCUAAUUUAACACCAACAUUAACUCAUAGCAUAUUAAAUAACCACAAUAACAGUCAUACUCCAUUAAAUGGAAAUGCAACAUUACAAGGGUUUCCAUAUGAUGAUCAAAUUUAUACAUCAAGUAUUAAAUCACCAUUACAAACAAAUAAUUUAUUAUAUACGGGUACUAAUAAUAACUCGUUUUUACAUGGAUAUAAUAGUCAACCAACAUUAUCACCGAAUGAAGUUUGGAAUCACCCAACAAAUAACUCAAAUCAAGAUUUAAACCAAACACAAAAUUCAACAUUUUUAAUGACUCCUUCACAAUCAUCAAAUAUUUGGUUAGAUGAAAAAUUAAAUGGUCAUACAAGAUCAGUUUCAAAUAAUUCAUUAUGGAGAAACGAGCCAUCAACAACAACAACAUCAUCAUUAUUAUCAAAUGCUACAAAUAAUAAUGUUACGAACAAUCAAGAUUUUCAACCAUUUAGUAAUUUACAAUCAAUAUAUGGCAAUAAUGAAGGGUUCUACAAUUUACAAAAUCAAUUUCAAACCCAACAAUCAAAUAGAGAUAAAAAUGGGAAUUUUGUAUAA